AUGUCUGAUGCAGCUACUCCCCCGCCGCGGCAACCCACCGUCAAGGCUGGGCCAAAUGUCGACUUUAGCAGAUCCGAAUCAGUUAGUGAUGAGGUUCUGGUUGUGCUCGCCGGUCUCGUCGAGGGUGGGCAGGAUGACGACGAGACAUGCCUUACUCUCGAUGCGUUAACACGUCUCUUGAGCAGAGACGACAAGAGUAAUCCCCCGGUGGGAGAAGAGCUGGCGCCUCUCAUCGAUGCCGACUGUUUCGACACCCUUGCCGCCUAUCUGGAUAUGAGACAAGGAGAUGCCAUACGGGGACAUGCAACCAUGACACUCUCAGCAUAUCUUAAAGCUUCUGGUGAGCAGGGUGUCAAUUUCCUAACUCAAUUUUUCAAGGAAAAAGUGCAGAAGGGCACAUAUGACGACUUCAUCAUCGCAUUCUCAGUUGCGGCGUGUACAUUUCCAGUCAUACCAGAUGUGUCUGCUGAGCUCUUCCUUAGCCCUGGGUUUGUCUAUGGCCUGGGCCCUUUAAUAAAGAGAAAAUGGAAGAGCAAGAAAGUGGAACAGGCGUGUCUUGAUAUGCUCAAUGUCGCUUGCAUGCAUGGUGCUUGCCGCGAGGCAAUUCAGAAGUACUGCACGGAAUGGCUGGAGGAGAUCGUGGUCGAGGCGCCUAAGGCUAUAGACGACUUGCAUAAGUCGGACAGAUAUGCUGUUGUUGAGGAUGGGCCUCUUCAGCAGCGCCUGCAUACACCUGCCGUCAGGAAUUUGGCUGCUGUUAUAUUGGCCAAGCUCCAGGCUGUCCCGUCGGCUCCAGCAGCUGAUUCGAAAGAAAAAAUACAGCCAGCAGUGACAAACAUCGACGAACUAACAGAUAUCUUCAAUCAAUACCUUACCACUAGCGACGAGUCGCUCCACAAAGGUUCAAUAGAAGGCCUUGCAUACGCCUCUUUGCAACCGGUGGUAAAGGAGAAGAUUGCCAAUGACCCAGCAUUUCUCAAGAGCAUACUUCAUGUUCUCGAGACCAGCCCUCCAAAGUCUUCUACUACCUAUGGAGGCCUUUCCAUCCUCGUCAACCUCACCACCUACCUCCCGUCGCUAACAGAAGAGCAAAAACGCAUAACUCAACUGAAAGCCUACGCCAAUGCCUCUCGCCUAUCUCAUGAGGCAGACCCUCUAAAUAGUGAUGCUCAUGUCGCCGCCAGGUGCAAUGCCGUUUUCAAGGCAGAGGCUAUACCUGUCCUUGUGUCUCACUCUGUACAAGGCUCUUUGGCAUCCCUAAAGCUCAUCGUCCAGAUUCUGCUGUCCAUAUCCCGCUCUUCCGAACUACGCGGGCGUAUUGCACAGCAAGGCGGAGUGAAGCUACUAUUACAAGCAUACAACCAAUUUCCCGAGACCGACCAAAACGCUAAGAGGACGACAGCGCAUGCGCUUGCGAGAAUUCUCAUAUCCACGAAUCCAAUCCACAUCUUUGGUGGCUCAAAUCCGCAUCCACUCAAUCUAGCGAUCCGGCCACUCAUAUCUCUCCUAUCUGAUGAUCCAACGACUGAGAUACGGGAUUUGCUCCCUGCGUUCGAAGCGCUCCUUGCGCUCACGAACCUCGCGUCUGUCGACAACGAUGCGCGAGAUCCCAUUAUCCGUGAUGGUUGGUCUAGUAUCGACGAGCUCCUCUUGUCGAACAACACUCUGGUUACACGAGCUUCAGUGGAAUUGGUCUGCAAUCUGAUGGAGAGCCCCAUCGGCGUCGCUAAGUUUGCGGACGGGAGCAAACAGGCUAGCAAUAGACUGCACAUUCUACUUGCUCUGGCUGAUUCGGAGGACCUCGCGACUCGGCGAGCUGCAGGCGGUGCGCUAGCCAGCUUGACGCAGUGGGAUACUGCCGUUACUGCUAUUCUGGGACGCGAGCGUGGUGUAGCUAUAUUGCUUAAGUUGUGCAAGGAGGAUGAAGAAGAUUUGAGGCACAGGGGAGUCGUGUGUGUGUCGAACAUGUUGAAUGCACCGGGAGAUGGAGCCGAGAAGGCCGCUGCGAAAGUGAAAGAGGCGGAUGGUGUGGAGGCGCUCAAAGAGUGCGCGAGGAAGAGUCGGAACCAAGAGGUCUUGGAAAUAGCAGUAGAAGCGCUGCAAAAGCUGCUGGGGGAUAGUGGCACGAAGUCACUUCAAUUGGCGGCGGCUGCAUAA